AUGAAAGGUUGGUGGAAGGAUACACAGCUGAUGAAACAUCCAAAACUAGGCGUGUCGAUGCCGGCGGUUGGGUUAGGAACGUGGCAAGGAGAGCCCGGAACGUCAGAUGAGGGAGCCAUGAUAGACUCCCUCGUCCACGCCCUACAAAACGGCUAUCGUCUGCUUGACACCGCUCAGAUAUACGGCGUCGAACCUAUAGUUGGCAAAGCCCUGCGAAAAUGCGGGAUUCCCCGCAAGGAGAUUACCGUCGUCACGAAAUUUUGGGGUACAUGGCAUCACGACCCCAAGGAGGCCUUGAACAGAUCACUGCAGAACAUGGGUUUGGACUACAUUGACGUUUUCCUGAUGCACUGGCCGUUUGCCAAUACGCCGGACUGGAAGGUCGUCCGCCCCAACGAGUCGCCAACGAUCGAGGAAACCUGGAGAAUGAUGGAAGACCUCCUAGGUCCGAAGUGCAGGGCCAUCGGUGUCAGCAACUUCACCCAAAAAACGCUGGACAUAAUUCUGCAAAGCGCCAAAGUGGUACCUGCGGUAAACCAGAUUGAACUCCAUGCUUUUCAUCCAUGUCUACGUCUGGUGCCCUACUGUAAGUCCAAAGGGAUACAUGUCAUGGCCUGGGGGACUCUGGGCGGUGGUGCCAAGGGUCCGAUCAACGAGAUCCUCACACAUGACACCUUUGUGGACAUGGCGAAGGCGAAAGGUUGCUCUCCCGGGGUAAUUUCUCUGUCUUGGGCCGUGCAAAGAGGCGUCACGGUCAUUCCGAAGACCAAGUCCAAAUCGAGAAUGGAUGAGAACAUUUCCUUGGUGUCCUUGAGCGAAGAGGAGAUGGACAAGAUCAAUUCAGCCCACCAAGCGAUUCGACACUGUCGGACUGCAGAUGACAACCCUCGCAUGGAGGUUUGGAUUGACGGGAAGAAAACAGUACAAGGCUGGACGGCAGAAGAUCUGGGCUGGGAAGACGAACAAGGCAACUUCUUGACUUAA